AUGGCAUCAUUUGAUUUUGUCAGAGACAUAUUAACUGAGUGGAACCACAGUGACUUGAUUCAGAGGUUUGAAGGUGAAUACAUUUAUAUUAUACAUUGUAUAAUACCUUGUGUAAUAAUACAAUUACUGAUUGAUUGAUUUGAUUAAAAUAAUGUACACUACCGUUCAAAAGUUUGGGGUCACUUCUUGGCAAUUUCUCGCAUGGAAUAUCCUUCGUUUCUCAGAACAAGAAUAGACUGACGAGUUUCAGAAGAAAGUUAUUUGUUUCUGGCCUGUAAUCGAACCCACAAUUGCUGAUGCUCCAGAUACUCAACUAGUCUCAAGAAGGCCAGUUUUAUUGCUUCUUUAAUCAGCACAACAGUUUUCAGCUGUGCUAACAUAAUUGCAAAAUGGUUUUCUAAUGAUCAAUUAGCCUUUUAAAAUGAUAAACUUGGAUUAGAAAACACAACGUGCCAUUGGAACACAGGACUGAUGGUUGCUGAUAAUGGGUCUCUAUACGCCUCUGUAGAUAUUCCAUUAAAAAUCAGCCGUUUCCAGCUACAAUAGCCAUUUACAACAUUAACAAUGUCUACACUGUAUUUCUGAUCAAUUUGAUGUUAUUUUAAUUGACAAACAAAUUGCUUUUCUUUCGAAAACAAGGACAUUUCUAAGUGACCCCAAACUUUUGAACGGUAGUGUAUGUAUUAUUGUACAUUGUUUUAUUAUACGUUCAAGUAAAGAUAUUAUCACCUCAAUUGAAAACAUGUUUGUGUUAAUUUGAUCCAGUCACUUAUUUUAUGAUAUUGAGAUGCCUAAAAUGUAUAUUUCCUGAAUUUCAGAUGAAGAAAUUGAUGAAGAAAGUUUCCUUUCCCUUAAGGAGAAUGACUUCAUCAACUUGAUUCCAAAACUAGGACCAAGGUCUAAAUUUAGAAAAAAACACAAAAAAUUUCUGAAGGUACUUUACAAACUUGGUGUACAAUAACUACUGUUACACAGAGUGACUGGGUAUGGUCUGUAUUUAUCCGUACUACAUCAGUAGUGCAGAAUAAACUGUUUGCAUUAAGUUCUAAGCUGUGACAUUGUACUUUAACAUGUCCACUGCACUGGCAUAUUUUUUUUCAGCUUACAAAUGUCUUAGCAUAUUACAGGACAUUUUGUGUUACUCAUGUAUGAUCUUAAAGGGAAAUUUCACCCUGGGGGAAUCUGGGCUUGUUUUCAUCAUGUCUGAGGCAUUCCUAGGUCAGUGAGAUGUGUGUCACACAUAAUUGUCCAGGAGGAAGGCAGGUACACCGUGGGGGGGUGGGGGGGGGGGGGGGGGGGGAGUCUGAAAAUAACUGUAGUCCUGCUUUGUGGCAUUUUGCGAAGGCUCUAUGUGAUACUGAUCGCAUUAUACAUUUCUGUGCGUGUCUAUAUGGUUGUCCUUGUUUGAUAGAGCCAUUGAAUGUCUUUCAGUGAUGUUCCUAUUAGGGGAUUCCUUGCUGAAUAUACGAGCUGGCACAUUUUUCCAGUCUCUGAAAGACUACAAAUCGUGUGGGGCAGUGCUUCGUGCUCUGGCCCCGUCCCUCCGCCAAGGCAGGACACUAAAGGCGUCAACAUGCUUCAGUUCGGCUGGCAGCUAGCCGAAGUCGGCUAGGUGAACCGAACGUGUGUGAACCGAACGUGUGUGCUCGCAUACUCCCUUACAAGACCUUUGCUUAAAAAAAGAAGAAAAAAAAGCAGCAAUAGUACUGUUUGUCCAUUUUGAGACAAGGUAGCCAUUCCUCAAAAUAGUCCAAAUGAAUCCAAGAUAACUCAAGAAAUCUGUCUUUAAUUUUGACGUUUUUGACGAGGUGACCUUAUUUGCUCAAUUUUACAUCUAACUAAGAUGUUUGGUGCUCUAUUUCUCAAUGACAACAAAGAUUUUAUUGAAGAAUCCCUACAGUUGACCAAUCUCGGACAAAGGUGCAUAGACUUCGGCUCCCGAACUUCGGCUGGACUCAAGAAAAAAAUGUAUGUGCCCGAACAGCUGAAACAACUCUUACCGAAGUCCAAACUAACAAAAACUUCACAAAAUGUCAUCAUAAUAUAUGCACAAACUCUUCCACACUGUUUUGGCUGGGAAGCAUGCCGACGCCUUAACAACACAAUCCUUUUGGCAAAACUGAAAGAACUGACCAGACCACAAUGGCUUCAAUUGAUUCCUCUCAUCAACAUGAAUUCGACAAAGGAGCAUUUCUUUUACUACAUGGUGACAUUCAACCAUACAUGUUUCAACUGGAAUAUAGCGAAGAGGAUUCGAAACAAACGGUUGGAUUUAGCUAGAAACUCAGCUAAAGCCGAUGCCAGCACCAAGAGGGCAGAUUUCAAAUACGAUGGCUAGCUAAGUAAGUUAUUUUUCCUACAAGCCACCUUGCUAACUUUAGUUUAUCUACUGAAAACCAUAUUAUGUAUUGCUGGCUAACAUACUACUGUGUUACAGUGGGGGGGAAAUCUAAUUAUUUUUCUGUUUGCUAACUUAGGUAGCUAGGUAUGUAGCUAAGUUAGCUUGUCUAGCUAGCUAAGUUAGCUAAACAACUACAGGUAACUAGCCAUAUCGAUUACUAAUAAUAAAAGAGGUUUUAAAAUCUGAGAUCUAUUAUAUUUCAAUUGUAAAACCUCUUCUCUUUUUAGUUGUAGAUAUGGGUAUUAAACAGCAAGCUAUAACGUUACAACCAGCCACCUAAAGCUUGGUUUAUCAGCAAAUGUUAGCACAUGACUGGAGUUAGCUAGCUAGAUAGCCUGGCACCUGCUAACUUAUUUUGCAACAGGCCUCGCUUUUGUAACUUUUUAGCGAACAUGUGUAACAUCAGCGACUGUAAAUAGUUUUACUUGCUAGCUAUGUAACAUAAUUGACGAGGCUUGAUAUUGGUUAUGAUUAUGACCUUGGAUCUUAAAAUGCAUCUUAAAAUCUCAAAACUAUAGGCAUGAUGCAAGAUAGGAUUCCAAACAGAGGUAAAUAACAAUUAUUGGCUAUCCAGCAAGCUAGCUAGCUAAGGUUACUAGCUAAAAGUGAGGAGAAACAAUAAUUCAGCAAUUUAAAUCUCUGAAACUGAUUAGCUUGUUUGUACGGUCUGGUCACUGUGCAAAUGUUGAGGGCUAUGCCAUAUUUCUUUCUAUUAGGCUACAUUGUUGUAAAUGUAAUCUCUGGGCCUGCACAUCUAUGCAUGUUCAACUAGUCUACCCUAAUGUUGUUAUGCUGGCACAGUUCAACUGUCGUUCAAACUGUGCAACGGAGUAUAAUUUAUUAUCUUAUUUUGUCUUACAGACAAGACCAUGUGGUGCCUGGGCUUCUUCCUGGAGUGGAUUAUUGGAGAGAAACAGAAUUCCUUUGGCUGCAUGUGUCAUUGUAGCAGAACUGUAACCUGUGAACUGUAUCCCUCUUCAUCGAUUGGACAUUAUUCUGGAUUUCAAGUAGAAGAUGACUCGAGGAGCUGAAUGGCAGUUUGAUCAUGACGACACUCCUCCCACAGCUGUACAAGUGUUCCCUGAACUUAUUGUAUGCUUUGAUUGUUACACCAGAUAAUGUAAUUUAACCAAAUAUUUUUGGUAUCCAUUACUGGGAGUUACAGGAUACAGUAGGUAAUUAAUUUUGCUCCUUGCAGUAAACCAACAAUGUGUACGCCGCCAUCUUGUCUAUUUCAAGUCUUCUCUCAUUGAUCGAGACAGGUGUCUGUCAUCAUGACAUGCAGAACUUUGGGGUGGACACUCACCUGUUUCAAUCAAUGAGAGAAGAGUUGAAAUAGAUAAGAUGGCGGCGUACACUGUUGGAUUACUUCAUGGAGCAAAAAAGUUUUUAUUUUAAAACGGAGCAUUUUCUAAAUUCAAACGGACCCCCUGCAACUGGAGACUGACAUUUUGAGACUCCUGUUUCCACAAAUCGAGGAUGAAGAGAGCAUCGCCAAGCUAAGGUUGGUCGAAAAUAAUCUGUGCUACUCCAAACAGUACUUAUCCUGUAAAUCCCAGUAAUGGAUACCAAAAAUCUUUGGUUAAAUCAUAUUAUCUGUUGUAACAAUCUGUAGCUACAUUUCUCUGCACUUUACUACACCUGAGACACACUCAGACACACUGAACUGUACUACACUGUUCAUACUGUAUUUUUUUGUAUGUUACUUUUACCAUAUAACGUUCUUGUUGAAUAUCCAGUUUUCUUUUUGAGUUAGCAUUAAAUAUUGUACACUCCCCUGUGUUUUAGAUUGACAAAUAAAUAUAUCUGAAUUUCUAGCAUCAGUUUGAUGCUACAGAGCCCUGUACAGCUUACAUAAAUAUCUUCAGUGAAUCCAUAAAGGAAGACAAAUGUCGAUGAUUGAUCAAAAAUAUCCAUAUUUAUUUGAUGGUCCUUUAUCCGGCUUCUGUGCAAUGGUGUUUGGCAUGAUGGGCUGUGGAAGCAGAGUGCUUGUGGCGAAUGGUCUUGUCCUGUCUGCGGUGUACGGCCAGCUGGAUAAGACUGCCAGAAAUAGUGUAGGACUUGUAGACCUUAACCACCAACUGUUUGGACCUCUUGCAGAAGAUUUGCUGGUACUGCACGUCUCCAGGAACUACAUGGUUGUGGUGUUACCAUUAACACUUUUUGUGGAAGGGACGUAGGGCAACAUGCCUUUGUUGUUAAAUGUGUAAACCGAUUGGGACCUAAGUGUUUAGAGACAGACUAGUAUAUUGUUUAGGGACAAUGAGGGACAUUGGGAGCUGCUCUUGAGAGGAAAGAUCAGUCAACAAAGUGAAUUGGCUGGGGGGCUGCAGAAGGUCUGAAAAGUCUUAGGAGGGCAGUUCUUACACAGUAUGUAUUGAUGUGUAUGGGAGAUUGAGGAGAAAUGGCACCUUUCAAUUGUUCUCAUACACAAAAAUUAAUUUACUGUCUCUAAGCACAACCAAUAUCUAUAAAUAUGUAAUGUGUGGAGCAUUUCAUAACAAAAAAGUUUGUAGGCCUAAUAUAGUAAAUGGUCGUCACGACAAGAAGGUACAAGAAUGAAUAUUCACUCCAGAGUGGCGCUGUGCCACGAGAGAUCCUGGUUCGAGUCCAGGCUCUGUCGUAGCCGGCCGCGACCGGGAGACCCAUGGGGCGGCGCACAAUUGGUCCAGGGUAGGGGAGGGUUUGGCCAGCAGGGAUGUCCUUGUCCCAACACGCUAUAGCGACCCCUGUGGCGGGCCGGGCGCAGUGCGCGCUGGCUCGGUCGCCAGGUGUACGGCGUUUCCUCCGACGCAUUGGUGCGGCUGGCUUCCGGCUUAAGCGGGCACUGUGUCAAGAAGCAGUGCGGGUUGGUUGCGUUGUGUUUCGGAGGACGCACAACUCUUGACCUUCGCCUCUCCCGUGUCUGUACGGUGGUUUCAGCGAUGGGACUGCAACUACUACCAAUUGGAUACCACGAAAUUGGGGAGAAAAAGGGGGUAAAAUACCCCCUCCCCCAAAAAAGAAAACAAUUAUGAAUAUUCACUCCUGUGUCAACAUCUAGUGACUACUGUUUGGAUAUAUGUCCUGUACUUUCAUCCCAUCAAUACUACCAUGACAUAGGUGAAAUUGAUUGACAGUGUAUAUCCAAAAGAUAGCUAGCUAUAUGAUCUAGCUGAUGGCUUGCAGAGUUCAACACAGGACUGUAAAGUUAGCUAGCUAAUUGACCUAUUCCAGUGAACCUUACGUUACUUCUAAUUGAGAAUCUUCCAUUUUGUUGUGAAGGGAGAAAACAAUUUUAUCGCAUCCCUUCUCAGCUAUAGUCUAAAUGGAUUCCCCAUCCGUUUACCAUGAAAAUCCCUCGGAUAAUCUUUGGUCACCGUAAGCAUCAUUCUUGAUAGCCGCAAACCACUGGCAGCGUCGGGGUAAAUCUCUGAUAUGUAGAACGGUGAAAGAUAACACACUUUCGUGCUUGUUUGUAAUUAGCACAGCCAGACAGAACAACACACAGACAUGAUGAAAAACGUUAGUGAAAAACAAACAUUUUCAAAAACAAUAGCCUAGAGUACAUUCUGAGAUUACUGUGUGUUGGUCGUUCUAAAUAAACAACGGCAUCAACCAAGGUUGUGGGCAUGUCCCAUCUACCUAGCGGGGCGAUAUCUGCAUUCACUAUGAAUGCUGGACUUUGUGGUGCACUAUGAGCAGAAGAAUGCACAGGAAGUCAAAACUUCCUGAUUCUACCAGUGAAAUUAAAAUGCCCUUGUUCUAGCUUGUGGUUUGGAUAAUGUUGAUGUUUAUGACAAAAACAUAAUGUUGUUAAUAUAGUAAUGACUAUAUACCGUGGCAGAGCCAGGGUGAAAUUCCCCUUUAAUUUGAGCCAGUUUGCUACAGCAUGAAAAUAGUAUUGCAUCAACAGGAAAUGUGAAUUAUUAUGUGGAUUAUAAUUAAUAGACAUUUUGUGUAGUGGAUGAUACAUUUUUCGAUAGGGAAAAUCAGGUGUGAAAUUUCAAAGUGGAAAUUACAAAUUCAGAAGCCAUUUUAAACCUCAAAUACACUAUAAGUUUCAAAUGUCCUGCAUUGCAGCAAAACAAGGUUAGGGUGUGUUCUAACUAUAGUCUGACCUGUUAUUGUACCUUUCUUGUUCUUUGCCUAACAACUGAGAGAAUUCUGUUUUUUAACUGCAGAAACGGAAGCAACCCAAUGGAAAUAAGAACAUUCAAGCGGCCACGUGGUCAUCAGUAUCCAUUAAGGCCUCCAAGAGUUCCUCAGGAAAUGUACCAUAUUUACCCUCCUCUAUAACCAUAUACGUGAAACCUAAGCCCUAGCACAAUUAACUAAACCAAAUGCAUAGUUUUUUUUAUUUAGAUCAGCAUACAGACCUUUAUAUUUCUCACCCUAUAACCCAACAUGGCUUCUGUCCCCAGGUUACUGGUGAGAUGGUCAAUCAAGAGCCUUGUCAAAAGGCCAUCAUAAAACCCAGAAAGCAAACUCCUAAACGAUCAGAGACUACAAGGUAAGAAACACAGCAUUUCUUUAUUUAUCACUGACUAGAUAUAAUGUCCCGUUGGUGACAACAAAAUGACAAUUGACUCUCUGUCGCCAGGUCAUUGGAUAAACCCUUUGGUACACUUGGAGGAAGUGUGCCCACAACCGACACCUCUGGAGUGGGAGAAACAGUGUGUGACCAGGUGGGUAAAAUCUAGAGCUCAUUUAUCUGUGGUCACAACUAAGGCAGGGGUCAGUGGUGAUCCCAAGGAAUCACUUCUUGGAAUGUCUCAUGCCAUUUAACAGAGAUGGAUUGUCAUACAUUAAGAUUAGGAUAGCAGUGUACUCCAGAGGGACUAAGAUAAUAACAAUCAAAUGCAUUUAUCAAACGCUUUAUAUAUCAGUUAUUUGGCAGACACUCUUAUGUAGAGCGAAUUACAGGUGCAAUUAGGGUUAAGGUCCUCGCUCAAGGGCAAGUGCUUUUUCACCUAGUCGGCUUGGGAAUUCAAACCAGCAACCUUUCAGUUACUCGCCCAAUGCUCUUGACAGCUAGGCUACCUGCCGCUUUCUCAUAGUCGCAACGCUAUACAACAUAGCCAACAUUUAAUCUAAUCUAUAAGCAACAUCAGUCAAAGGUAAUUAGUGAAAACAACAUACAGGAAGAGACCAAAAUUAUUAAAGAAAAUGCAUCUCAAACUAAAGCAAGAAAAGCACAGAAAUAGGCUAUAUAGAGGGUAACAAUUGUGAUAUGUUUGUGUUGUAAGUCUUGUGGAAUGAUUCCUUUAAUAACCUGUUGAUUAUCUACACUACCGGUCAAAUGUUUUAGGACACCUACUCAUUCAAGGGUUUUUCUUUAUUUUUAAAACUAAUUUCUACAUUGUAGAAUAAUAGUGAAGACAUCAAAACUAUGAAAUAACACAUAUGGAAUCAUGUAGGAACCAAAAAAGUGAUAAACAACUCAAAAUAUAUUUUAUAUUUGAGAUUCUUCAAAUAGUCACCCUUUGCCUUGAUAACAGCUUUGCACACUCUUGGCAUUCUCUCAACCAGCUUCACCUGGAAUGCUUUUCCAACAGUCUUGAAGGAGUUCCCACAUAUGCUGAGCACUUGUUGGCUGCUUUUCCUUCACUCUGCAGUCCGAAGAGUGUGCAAAGCUGUUAUCAAGGCAAAGGGUGGCUAUUUGAAGAAUCUCAAAUAUAAAAUAUAUUUUGAUUUGUUUAACACUUUUUUGGUUACUACAUGAUUCCAUAUGUGUUAUUUCAUAGUUUUGAUGUCUUCACUAUUAUUCUACAAUGUAGAAAUUAGUUGAAAAAAUAAAGAAAAACCCUUGAAUGAGAGGUGUUCUAAAACCUUUGACCGGUAAUGUAUAUGUUUCUUCAGAGUGAACCCUCCACCAGUAAGAUACCCCCUCUUCAAGUGAAUAUCCCAGGUAAAAAGCACAGAUGUUUCAGAUCUUACAGAAAAAUUACUUGUGUUAGAAAAUGACAAUGAGAAGAAUGUAGCGUGAUAUAGUAUUUCAAAAACAAAAAAGUGAAUAAUUGAAAUAUGAGAUACUUUACACUUGAUUUGCAAGUACCCUUUGUACCCUGUAUCAUAUGCAUACAGUAAAUAGAUCAUCUGAAAUGCUUUUUCACUGACUGAUGUAACUCAUUUGCAUAACAGCAUUGGCUAUUACGAGAUUGAGAGUUGUGUAUUAAUGAAUAAAAUACGUUUCCAAUUGUUUCCAGGCAAAAGGAAAUCUGAUGAGACCCAUGCAAACAAACAAACAAAGAAACGACAACGUGGUGCUGCAUCCAUAACUGAAACAUUUGGUAGGUGGAUGGUGUUUAUAUGGACCACAAUCAUUUUAAGAAACUCUCUUUUAAUUGGAAACCAUUUAAGAUCAUGUAUUGUAGACAUUCCUAAUUGAGAAUCCUAGAAAUGUACAUGACUGACAGUUCACUGUUUACUGUUUGCAUGUUGCACGGUAGGACAAGCUACAAUUACAGUUCACUCUAAAAUCGAAGUUUGUCAGUUUUCAGACCUCAAAAGUGGUGGUAUAGAUUCCAGUGCUCUGCUCUUGUAGCCAUCUCUCUAAGAGUAGUAAAUACUGUACAGUGGGGAAAAAAAGUAUUUAGUCAGCCACCAAUUGUGCAAGUUCUCCCACUUAAAAAGAUGAGAGAGGCCUGUAAUUUUCAUCAUAGGUACACGUCAACUAUGACAGACAAAUUGAGAUUUUUUUUUCCAGAAAAUCACAUUGUAGGAUUUUUUAUGAAUUUAUUUGCAAAUUAUGGUGGAAAAUAAGUAUUUGGUCACCUACAAACAAGCAAGAUUUCUGGCUCUCACAGACCUGUAACUUCUUAUUUAAGAGGCUCCUCUGUCCUCCACUCGUUACCUGUAUUAAUGGCACCUGUUUGAACUUGUUAUCAGUAUAAAAGACACCUGUCCACAACCUCAAACAGUCACACUCCAAACUCCACUAUGGCCAAGACCAAAGAGCUGUCAAAGGACACCAGAAACAAAAUUGUAGACCUGCACCAGGCUGGGAAGACUGAAUCUGCAAUAGGUAAGCAGCUUGGUCUGAAGAAAUCAACUGUGGGAGCAAUUAUUAGGAAAUGGAAGACAUACAAGACCACUGAUAAUCUCCCUCGAUCUGGGGCUCCACGCAAGAUCUCACCCCGUGGGGUCAAAAUGAUCACAAGAACGGUGAGCAAAAAUCCCAGAACCACAUGGGGGGACCUAGUGAAUGACCUGCAGAGAGCUGGGACAAAGUAACAAAGCCUACCAUCAGUAACACACUACGCCGCCAGGGACUCAAAUCCUGCAGUGCCAGACGUGUCCCCCUGCUUAAGCCAGUACAUGUCCAGGCCCGUCUGAAGUUUGCUAGAGUGCAUUUGGAUGAUCCAGAAGAGGAUUGGGAGAAUGUCAUAUGGUCAGAUGAAACCAAAAUAGAACUUUUUGGUAAAAACUCAACUUGUCGUGUUUGGAGGACAAAGAAUGCUGAGUUGCAUCCAAAGAACACCAUACCUACUGUGAAGCAUUGGGGUGGAAACAUCAUGCUUUGGGGCUGUUUUCUGCAAAGGGACCAGGACGACUGAUCCGUGUAAAGGAAAGAAUGAAUGGGGCCAUGUAUCAUGAGAUUCUGAGUGAAAACCUCCUUCCAUCAGCAAGGGCAUUGAAGAUUAAACGUGGCUGGGUCUUUCAGCAUGACAAUGAUCCCAAACACACCGCCCGGGCAACGAAGGAGUGGCUUCGUAAGAAGCAUUUCAAGGUCCUGGAGUGGCCUAGCCAGUCCUGGAGUGGCCUAGCCAGGGAGUUGAAAGUCUGUGUUGCCCAGCGAUCGCCCCAAAACAUCACUGCUCUAGAGGAGAUCUGCAUGGAGGAAUGGGCCAAAAUACCAGCAACAGUGUGUGAAAACCUUGUGAAGACUUACAGAAAACGUUUGACCUGUGUCAUUGCCAACAAAGGGUAUAUAACAAAGUAUUGAGAAACUUUUGUUAUUGACCAAAUACUUAUUUUCCACCAUAAUUUGCAAAUAAAUUCAUUAAAAAUCCUACAAUGUGAUUAUCUGGAUUUUUUUCCCCUCAUUUUGUCUGUCAUAGUUGACGUGUACCUAUGAUGAAAAUUACAGGCCUCUCUCAUCUUUUUAAGUGGGAGAACUUGCACAAUUGGUGGCUGACUAAGUACUCCUUUGACUUUACACACAGAAAAAGGUUCUCAGUUUAUGAUAUAGCAGAUCUGAAUGCCACUCUACAUUCCAAAUUUUUUCCAUGUAAUAUCUUUUCCACCUUUAUAAACACGUUGACGCAACAACAUUAUAAUUGGUUGGUGACCUGUGUUUAACUCUGCCAGAAAUUGAAACCAAGACAGAGGUGAAGAAGAUCAUGCAACGUGUCAAAAGCAAACUUGAUGAUCUGCCUUCUACAAAAGUCAUUGACUUCCUCAGGUAUGCAUUUUUAAAUGGUGGAGAGAAAACACAUGGAGAGAGACGCGUACAGGCCACUAAAUUGCUUUAAUUGUUUUCGUCUUUCAUUUCUAACAGAGGUAAAAUCCAAACGUUGGAGAAAGACAAAAAAGAGAUAGUGGGUGUUUUUGGGAAGACUGGAGCUGGUAAGAGCUUCUUGAUUAACACCAUCUUGGGUGAAACGAAAUUGCUGCCCUCCGGAAACCAAGGGGCGUGCACCUCGGUCAUGAUUCAGGUGGAGGCCAAUAUGACAGACUCGGACUCAAAAUACAUCGCAGAGAUUGAGUUCAUGACAGAGGAGGUAACAGCAUCUGUUUCAUCUGUUUAUAUCCUAAUCUCACAAUGUUUUGGAAGUGGUGUCAUGAUGAACAGUACAAUUAAUGAAAGGCUUCUUUGAAACAUAUCAAGGUAACUUCAUUGACCCAAUUGACACCUUCCAUUAAUUUAAAAGAAGAAACAAUGAUACAAUGUAGCCUAACAUUGCUCGCAAACGGCACAGAUUUGAGGGGGGUUUUCUUGUUAGAUGCACUGGUCCUUUUAAAUUUCAAUUCCAGGUUGCACAUAAAAAUAUUUAAGGGCAUAUCCGGUUUGCUCUGCCCAUAUAGUCAUGCCAAGCAUAAGGAUGUCUUAAUGAGGGGCUGAACUCACUGAUUUAGCCUCGUUUUUUCAACUGCUCAUUGAGAAACCAUGAGCGAGAGCUGUCUUGGGGGUGCGGUUGGAUGUGGGUGUGGUAUGUUCGCUAUAGCCUAUCGUUGUGUGUUCCUCUUUAGCCACUGUAGUUGAACUAUCCCAAACAUACACCAUACCAACCGCGUGAUGCAGCAUGACAACUUAAACAUGAUUGGUCAAGAAUCCCAAGCACUGAGCGAAUUUCCUCCUUUCUAUGGUAUCUUUGAUGACUGUUGUGUUUGUGAUGCUAACGUUAGCUCACAAAUGUGAGGAUGUUUGAAAUAACGAGGAAGUCUUGUUCUUUCAACAAAACAUUGCCUACGAUGUAUGUCUAGUUUCUUGUCUCAUGUAAUGUCCAUCAAAUAAGUCCUGAGAUUCUGUGUGCUAAUGCCUCAAUUGGUUAGCUUUGCGGUCUGUACAGAAAAGGGCGGGUGGUAUGAUGAUUGAUGCUACGAUCGGGUCACUUGCAGCUGUGCUCUGAAUCAAUGAUUAUUUGGGUGCUGCCAGCCGUGGGCAGGUUUGAAAUCUAAACCCAACCCAAGGAAAACUGUUACGCACCCUUGAUUCCUUUCUCAAAUCUCAGUUUUGGAAGAUACUGACAUCAUGAGGAGGUGAAGUCACCGGCGAAACGGCCGUGCGCUACACAGCGCUGAUGUUGCCUACCACCUGGUUUCACGCGGCAACGUUCAUCUACAGACUCAUUUUGGGUGGGAAAGAGGGAGCGAGCACAGAUUGUGCUAAUCAACGGCAUCUACACAUGAUGUGUGAAUUGCAGGCAAUUGCCACGCGCCAUGUGCUAGAUUUUAAAUGUUUAUAUUUUAGUUAUUUAGCAGACGCUCUUAUCCAGACUGACUUACAUGAGCAAUUAGGGUUAAGUGCCUUGCUCAAGGGCACAUUUCACUUAGUCAGUUCGGGGAUUCGAACCAGCAACCUUUUGGUUACUGGCCCAACCUCUUAACUGCUAGGCUACCACCCAGCCCACUAGAUAGAAGCAAUCAGCCAUUAGUCAAAAAUAUGACAAAAAUUAAGAAUACGACUGAUGAAGCAAGUCACAUUAAUCAUCCUCUUCCAGAAUAGAGGAUACAGGGUGAUAGUAUGUUGCAGAUAGUAAGCCAGCAGGGUUUGUGGAGCUGGUGAUGAGAAUGCAUACAUACAGUGGGGAGAACAAGUAUUUGAUACACUGCCGAUUUUGCAGGUUUUCCUACUUACAAAGCAUGUAGAGGUCUGUAAUUAUUAUCAUAGGUACACUUCAACUGUGAGAGACGGAAUCUAAAACAAAAAUCCAGAAAAUCACAUCGUAUGAUUUUUAAGUAAUUAAUUUGCAUGACAUAAGUAUUUGAUACAUCAGAAAAGCAGAACUUAAUAUUUGGUACAGAAACCUUUGUUUGCAAUUACAGAGAUCAUACGUUUCCUGUAGGUCUUGACCAGGUUUGAACACACUGCAGCAGGGAUUUUGGCCCACUCCUCCAUACCUUCUCCAGAUCCUUCAGGUUUCGGGGCUGUCGCUGGGCAAUACGGACUUUCAGCUCCCUCCAAAGAUUUUCUAUUGGGUUCAGGUCUGGAGACUGGCUAGGCCACUCCAGGACCUUGAGAUGCUUCUUACGGAGCCACUCCUUAGUUGCCCUGGCUGUGUGUUUCGGGUCGUUGUCAUGCUGGAAGACCCAGCCACAACCCAUCUUCAAUGCUCUUACUGAGGGAAGGAGGUUGUUGGCCAAGAUCUUGCGAUACAUGGCCCCAUCCAUCCUCCCCUCAAUACGGUGCAGUCGUCCUGUCCCCUUUGCAGAAAAGCAUCCCCAAAGAAUGAUGUUUCCAUCUCCAUGCUACACGGUUGGGAUGGUGUUCUUGGGGUUGUACUCAUCCUUCUUCUUCCUCCAAACACGGCGAGUGGAGUUUAGACCAAAAAGCUAUUUUUUUGUCUCAUCAGACCACAUGACCUUCUCCCAUUCCUCCUCUGGAUCAUCCAGAUGGUCAUUGGCAAACUUCAGACGGGCCUGGACAUGCGCUGGCUUGAGCAGGGGGACCUUGCGUGCGCUGCAGGAUUUUAAUCCAUGACGGCGUAGUGUGUUACUAAUGGUUUUCUUUGAGACUGUGGUCCCAGCUCUCUUCAGGUCAUUGACCAGGUCCUGCUGUGUAGUUCUGGGCUGAUCCCUCACCUUCCUCAUGAUCAUUGAUGCCCCACGCGGUGAGAUUUUUACAUUUACAUUUUUAGUCAUUUAGCAGACGCUCUUAUCCAGAGCGACUUACAGGAGCAAUUAGGGUUAAGUGCCUUGCUCAAGGGCACAUCGACAGAUUUUUCACCUAGCCGGCUCGGGGAUUAGAACCAGCGACCUUUCGGUUACUGGCACAACGCUCUUACCCACUAAGCUACCUGCCGCCGAGAUCUUGCAUGGAGCCCCAGACCGAGGGUGAUUGACCGUCAUCUUGAACUUCUUCCAUUUUCUAAUAAUUGCGCCAACAGUUGUUGCCUUCUCACCAAGCUGCUUGCCUAUUGUCCUGUAGCCCAUCCCAACCUUGUGCAGGUCUACAAUUUUAUCCCUGAUGUCCUUACACAACUCUCUGGUCUUGGCCAUUGUGGAGAGGUUGGAGUCUGUUUGAUUGAGUGUGUGGACAGGUGUCUUUUAUACAGGUAACGAGUUCAAACAGGUGCAGUUAAUACAAGUAAUGAGUUGAGAACAGGGGGGCUUCUUAAAGAAAAAGUAACAGGUCUGUGAGAGCCGGAAUUCUUACUGGUUGGUAGGUGAUCAAAUACUUAUGUCAUGCAAUAAAAUGCAAAUUAAUUACUUAAAAAUCAUACAAUGUGAUUUUCUGGAUUUUUGUUUUAGAUUCCGUCUCUCACAGUUGAAAUGUACCUAUGAUAAACAUUACAGACCUCUACAUGCUUUGUAGGAAAACCUGCAAAAUAGGCAGUGUAUCAAAUACUUGUUCUCCCCACUGUAUGUGGUCGCCAUAUGUAGGGGUGUACAUUUGUUAAUAGGUAAACAAAGGAGUUUGCUCCUCUCCUCAAUUGCUUCCUCCAGUGGAGUUAUGAUCAGGUGGAGGAUGCUCAGGUGUAUCCUACUUUUGAAAUCCGAUAGACGUCAGCUUCGGGAUUACAUUUUUUUUGUUUAUAUCACCAAAAAUCUAAACAUAUUGGACAAUUACAGUCAGUUUUUAAAUGUAUGUUAUCAUAUCGUGAGUAUAAGACUCUUUGGUGGAAUACUAUGACUCUGUUAGUUUUGUGAAUUAAUGUGCAACUUUCACUUUAAGUGUUGGUGUGGGCAAUCGGUGAGGGCAGGAGAUUGGCGUAACGCUGGACUGUAGCCUCUUGGGCCAUGUGGGCCUUCCCACGUUUCUUGUGUGUAAAUCUUUAGUUUUGGCAUACCGCCUUUUGUUUCCUAUUUGUAUACUGGUCACCAUUUGGGUGGCUAGGUGGUUUCAUAACACAGGACUUAGCUUUCAAAUGAAGAUUUAAGGAGAGAGUAUGUAUUACACAUUUGUAAUGGUUUAACAUGUUCUAUUAGGAAUGGAAAGAGGAGCUGUGGUCCAUCUUCAGAGACAGAUCUUGCAAGGAUGGAAAUGAUGAAGACCAGGAAAGGGAUGACGACGACGAUGAAAAGAUAUCAGCUUUGUAUGGAAAAGAUGGACGUGGGGCAACCUUAGAAGAACUAAUGGACAGGAAGCACUUCAGAGAAAUUCCAGAGUUCCGUUUAUCAGUCAAGAAAAUAUUUCUAUGUGACACAGUAAGUUACUGUCAUGCUAGUUUACUUCUGUGAAGAUAGUGUGCUUUGGUGAAAAUCAUUUGUUAAACAAUCAUUUUAGGAAGGCAACCACAUCUGAUUGGAAAUUAUAUUAAAUCAUGUAUUUAUUCCCUUACCAAAAAAACUGGCUUCUGGCAAACAGUUGUGGCAAACCUUUGUCCAAUUUGGCGCAAAUUUGCAGCAAGCUCAUAUUUUCACAUGCAGAUUAGUUUUGUGGUAAACUACUGCGGCAAAUUCGCAGCGACUUGUGAACUUCUGGCAAACAAUUCUGGGAAACUUGUGGCAAAAAUUCAACUGUUUGCUGCAAACACAGUAUAAAUAUGCAAAUUAGAUUUUUGGUUACUGUGUGUUAACAUUGAAAUGUUUUAUCUAUGUAAACCAAAUAAUAUUUUACUUGAAAUUAAGUUGCUUCUAACAAAAAACUAAACAUACUAAAAUUACUAAAUGUACUAAACAUGUAUGCAAUUUCUUAACAGAUAAAAAUAAAUCCAAUAUAACUUGAGGUCAGCAUGCUAAUGAAGAUAAGAGCAAAGACCAGAUAUUUCGCAAAUAAAUUGCUUAUUUAGUAUUUUUAUGUACAGUAGCUACAUCUACAGUGCCUUCGGAAAGUAUUCAGGUCCCCUUGACUUUUUCCCAAAAAAAUUGCGUUACAGCAUUAUUAUAACAUUUAUAAAAUUGUUUUUUUCCCAUCAAUCUAUACACGAUUCCCUAUAAUGACAAAGGAAUACAUUUUUAAAUUUUUUUUGCAAAUGUAUUACAAAUAAAAAACGGAAAUAUGACAUUUACAAAAGUAUUCAGACCCUUUACUCAGUACUUUGUUGAAGCACCUUUGUCAGCAAUUACAGCAUCGAGUCAUCUUGGAUAUGACGCUACAAGCUCGGCACACCUGUAUUUGGGGAGUUUCUCCCAUUCUUCUCUGCAGAUCCUCUCGAGCGCUGUCAGGUUGGAUGGGGAGCGUUGCUGCACAGCUAUUUUCAGAUCUCUCCAGAGAUGUUCAUCCGGGCUCUUGCUGGGCCACUCAAGGACAUCCAGAGACGUGUCUCGAAGCCAUUCCUGCGUUGUCUUGGCUUUGUGCUUAGGGUCGUUGUCCUGUUGGAAGGUGAACCUUUGCCCCAGUCUGAGGUCCUGAGCGCUCUGGAGCAGGUUUUCAUCAAAGAUCUCUCUGUACUUUGCAUUGUUCAUCUUUGACUCGAUCCUGACUAGUCUCCCAGUCCCUGCCGCUGAAAAACAUCCCCACAGAAUGAUGCUGCCACCACCUAGACACAAUCCUGUCUCGGAGCUCUACGGACAAUUCCUUUGACCUCAUGGCUUGGUUUUUGCUCUGACAUGCACUGUCAACUGUGGGACCUUAUAUAGACGUGUGUGCCUUUCCAAAUCUAUAAAAUAAAUACCUUCUUUACAUAAGUAUUCAGACCUUUUGCUAUGAGACUCAGGUGCAUCCUGUUUCCAUUGAUCAUCCUUGAUGUUUCUACAACUUGAUUGGAGUCCACCUGUGGUACAUUCAAUUGAUUGGACAUGAUUUGGAAGCUCCGAGACAGGAUUGUGUCAAGGCACAGAUCUGGGGAAGGGUACCAACAAAUAUCUGCAGAAUUGAAGGUCCCCAAGAACACAGUGGCCUCCAUCAUUCUUCAAUGGAAGAAGUUUGGAACCACCAAGACUCUUCCAAGUGCUGGCCACCACGCCAAACUGAGCAAUCGGGGGAGAAGGGCCUUGGCCUGGGAGGUGACCAAGAACCCGAUGGUCACUCUGACAGAGAUCCUUGAUGAAAGCCUGGACUUGAACCCGAUCAAACAUCUCUGGAGAGACCUGAAAAUAUCUGUGCAGCGUUGCUCCCAAUCCAAUCUGAAAGAGCUUUAGAGGAUCGCAGAGAAGAAUGGGAGAAACUCCCCAAAUACAGGUGUGCCAAGCUUUUAGUUUCAUACCAAAGAAGACUCAAGGUUUUAAUCACGGCCAAAGGUGCUUCAACAAAGUACUCAAUAAAGUACUCAAUAAAGUGUCUGAAUACUUAUGUAAAUGUAAUAUUUCAGUUUUUGUAUUUUUUAUAAAUUUGCAUUAUUUCUAAAAACAUUUUUUUGCUUUGUCAUUAGGGUAUUGUGUGUAGAUUGAUGAGGAAAAAAAUAAUGAAUCCAUUUUAGAAUAUGGCUGUAACAUAACAAAAUGUGGAAAAAGUCAAGGGGUCUGAAUACUUUCCAAAUGCACUGUAUAAGGCUUGGCUUGAAGAAAAGCAACACAUUUGAGUUAUGCCUAAUAUGGCUAGUCAUGUUAUUUUUCAAAAAUUAAUUAUUGUUAACUUCAUAUCAAAGUCAUUCAUGCAAGAAGCCUUGACCUGGUGCACACAUAUUUCUCUGUCCUCAGUUUGAUUGAAUGCCUCAAUCUGUCUAUUUGCCUUGUAACUGAUUGCUUAUUGAAAGAGAGAAGGAACAACACAUGCUCAAGAUGCGCUAGCUACUAGUUUAAAGCAAUUACAUUUACAUUUACAUUUUAGUCAUUUAGCAGACGCUCUUAUCCAGAGCGACUUACAGUUAGUGAGUGCAUAAAUUUUUCAUACUGCAGCAAUGAAAGACUUCAUUAUUACAAAGAAUGAAUGUAUGGGCUACAUUUAUGAGAAUACAUGCAUUUGCUUACGUUAUCGAGCUUGUCCCCAGCAAGAAAACCAAAAAUGUCGCUCAAACAGAAGGGGUAACUAACAAAGAGUCACUUUCCAUCAACCAAAACAGGUAGGGUUUUAGGAGGGUUUCUGAAAGACACUCAUGGGGGCGUCCACUGAAAGUUGACUAGCAACAACAACUGGAACCCAAAAGACACCCACCAUGAGCGGCCCCUAUAUUUGCCAAAGAAGAGGCAAUCAAAAUAAAAAACCCAAACAUAAAGACAGGAAGCAAACCAAAAAGGUGGAGCAAAACGAACAAAUCAGGGAAAUCAAAAAAAUGAAUAUUUUUCUAUAAAUCAAAUAGGAAGAGCCAACUAAAGGUGUUGACCCUACACAUCUCUCAACUCAACUGGAACACUGGGCCAGCAACUCUUAAAUAGCACCUGGGCCAGCACAGCUGAAACAUUUUCCCACUAAAGAUAUGGCAACCAGCACAGGUGUAACACAUACUGACUAACGAGGUGACACCAAUCAGUGCGCCUUACGCGCUAACGCGCUGAAGUCCAACCUCAAAACAUUAAUGGAAAAACCAAAGCCUGUAACAAGCUUGAAGAUGAUACACUCAUUUAUCCCUCAACAAAAGUGUUAUGAGUGAGUGCACCACAAACAUCUUUCCAGGGUGUUGAUGAAUCCUCCUCCAACACCACAUAUAGGGGAAGGGUAUCCAUCUGCAAAAGUGAAGUCUUGCUUUGAUAUCAAGUCAGCUCAUAUUGUUGCUACCUUAGCUGUUGUGAUAGGUAACAUGCUAAUGAACAGUGACACUAGCAUUUUGACAUGCAUAUUGGUAUUAAAAGACAGCAACGUAUUCACCUACAAAUAUGUGUUUAGGCAUAUCAUUAGUUAGCUAGCUAGCUAUCACAUUAAUUGUGAAAAAAUAUAAUAGCCAACGUUUGCUAGCUAAGCGCUGGCCAGCUAGCUAAGCACUAGCCAGUCAGUGGCGCUGACAGUUUUUAAAACUGGUAUCAACAUAAUGUGUUUCACUCUAUCACAUAAAACAUGACAUUGCUAACUAGGCAUCAAUUAGCUAACACAAUUGUAAAGUUUAUUAGGAAGUUUAAGUAAUAAGUUAGACACUCACCGGACAACUUUGGUAGGUAGCUAGCUAGAUAGCAUGAUUUCCAUUUUCCAACAGAUUUUACUAAUCCCCCUGAUUGGUCGUCAAUGGUUACUGGUCUUGGAACUCGUGUUCACCAGAAGCGGCUUCCAGUAAACUGUUUGCCGCUAGUGGGAAUAAAUAUUAUUUUGGCCAAAGGUUUGCCACAGACUCACCACUAGUGGCAAACAUUUGCAAACUUCUGGCAACAUUUUGAGGCACACUAUUUAGUUUGCAGCAAAUUUGCCACAAACUUGCUCGAAGUUUGCCGCAACAAAUUCACUUUUGAAAGCGAUUGCAGGAAAAAAUUGAACUACAUCUUUUAGGCUAUUUGAUCUUUGUCAAAGUGUUAUUUUGGAGAAAAUAAUGUUGUUUUUUCAUCAAUGCAUGUAAUGAUGCUUUAUUACAAUUGCAGGCUGAAGAACUCUCUGAAAAGAUAACUUGUUACACACGGAGUGACACACAGAGUGAUACAUUUAAAAGACAGUAUUGGCCGCUUGUGAAGUGUAUAACCAUCAAGGUGCCAAACUCCAAAGACCUGCUGGAGCAUGUUGUGCUGGUUGAUCUUCCAGGCAAUGGAGACUGCAACAAGAGCAGAGAUGAGAUGUGGAAAUCGGUAAUUAUUUACAAUUCUUAUUGAUGAUGAUUCCAUAUUCUGUUUAGAAUUGUAUUCAUGCAACUUCUAAUUUGGUUGGUGUUAGAUCAACAUCACAGGUACAGGGCCAAAUGGAAGGCUAUAUCUAUGUAUUUUAGUUUAUUUAUAGUUAUCUACAAUUGAUUAAACAUAUUUUAAGUUUUAAGUUAAUGUUACACUUCUUCAGUUUGUUGGAAACUGCUCUGCUGUGUGGAUUGUGAGCGACAUUGCAAGAGCAACUUCAGAAAAGGAAUCUUGGGAGAUUUUAGACAGCACCGUGAGCCUGUUUGGACCUGGUGGAGAAUGUCGAAGCAUCAGUUUCAUCUGCACCAAGACAGACGACAUUGAGGAGAAUCAAAAGGCUGAUGCACGUACCUGUAUUUUGCGCAGAAAUGAAACAACCAAGAAGCAAGUGAGGGACAAAUUCAACAAACAAAAAGAAGUUAAGGUAAGUUACAUCUGACAUAAAUGAAUCUUCUGUGACAUGUCAACAUGCUCAUACUGUAUUUUGUAGUGGUGAAGAUUUAGGAAUUUCAUGGAAUUACAUGAGAGCAAGACUACAUUGAACACCAGAGCUUUUCAGACAUUUUUGUUGUCUAAUAUACAAAACAAACAACUGAGUAAUAGGUACAUAUUUUUAUUUAUAAUAAGGUAAGACAUUUAUUCUAAUUUGUCAGUCAUAUUCUUCAAAAUCUUCAAAAUGUAUUUGAUUAUUUUAAAUUAGUUGAAGCACAACAGCUUGCAUGAGCACAAUGAAAAUACAUUUUUAGAGCUUGCAAAAUGUCAGUGUGUGGACUUAAUUGAAUUGGCUGUCAUUGUCUCAUAAACACCUUUCAGAAACACUUCAGUGGGGGAAAGGAUUUCCUUCAGGUGUUUACUGUGAGUUCCAAGGAAUACCAAAAGGAAAAGCAUUUGCAACAAGAAGAGACAGGUACGAUAACUGAACGUGUUUUUUGAUUCUACGACAUAGAGACAAUUGUGUCCUGUAUUUAUAUGCCUAUGCUUUUUUUGGGAUUAUUUGUGUGUAUUAUAUUGUUGUAAACUGCUUUACAUAGCAACAAACUUCACUUAAGCACCAUACCUAUUUCAAUAUGACCUGUCUUAUCUGGCAAAUUUAAACAUGCAAUAUGUCCUAGUCAAGAACAACUCCAAGUGUAACCUGGACCAUAUUAUAGUCAAUAAUGCAGGUUUAUGUUUUCUAUCAAAUAUUGUGGGUAAUGUGUAUACAUACAGCAUGCUAAGCUAUUCUCAUAGCAUCGAAGAACACUGACACCAACCAAAUGUAGAAAUAAAUCUCUUGUUUUUAACUUAUGUUUCAGAAAUACCCAAACUUCAGGAAUUUCUCAGAAAUCUCAACGAUCGUCGCACAAAGACUUCAGAUUAUGUUUCUGGAGCCUAUGGGAUACUCUCUCUGAUACAAGCAGCCAAAAGCAGCAACAUGGUAUUGACUUUCAGCAGAACAAAAGUAUUUAUCUCAGUUAACAUACUCCUAUCAUGUGAAUCAGUGUAUUAUAUUGAGUUUGGAUUUCAGACAGACAGCAAAGAAGAGGUGUGCCAGGUUCUGGAACAGAAGCUCAAGGAGGAGAUCAAGUCCAUUGGUCAAACUAUGGAUGAGGCUUAUGAGACUUUUGAAAGAUGCCUCUCAGAAGGAGUUCAACAGUCUGAAGAAUCAUGCGAGAAAUUAAUGAACAAAGUGAUAGCACCAGUAAGCUAUUUUUAAAAAACGUUUUAAGAAUAGCCGCUUUUGCACUGUCACCCUACACUGAGUAUACCAAACAUUAGGAACACCUUUCUAAUAUUGAGUUGCACCCUGCCUCUUUUGCCCUCAGAACAGCCUCAAUUUAUCGGGGCAUAGACUCUACAAGGUGUCGAAAGCGUUUCACAGGGAUGCUGGCCCAUGUUGACUCCAAUGUUUCCCAUAGUUGGCUUGAUGAAAAACCCAACAGCGUUGCAGUUCUUGACACAAACCGAUGCGCCUGGCACCUACAGUGGGGAAAAAAAGUAUUUAGUUAGCCACCAAUUGUGCAAGUUCUCCCACUUAAAAAGAUGAGAGAGGCCUGUAAUUUUCAUCAUAGGUAAACGUCAACUAUGACAGACAAAAUGAGAAAAAAAAUCCAGAAAAUCACAUUGUAGGAUUUUUUAUGAAUUUAUUUGCAAAUUAUGGUGAAAAAUAAGUAUUUGGUCAAUAACAAAAGUUUCUCAAUACUUUGUUAUAUACCCUUUGUUGGCAAUGACACAGGUCAAACGUUUUCUGUAAGUCUUCACAAGGUUUUCACACACUGUUGCUGGUAUUUUGGCCCAUUCCUCCAUGCAGAUCUCCUCUAGAGCAGUGAUGUUUUGGGGCUGUCGCUGGGCAACACGGACUUUCAACUCCCUCCAAAGAUUUUCUAUGGGGUUGAGAUCUGGAGACUGGCUAGGCCACUCCAGGACCUUGAAAUGCUUCUUACGAAGCCACUCCUUCGUUGCCCGGGUGGUGUGUUUGGGAUCAUUGUCAUGCUGAAAGACCCAGCCACGUUUCAUCUUCAAUGCCCUUGCUGAUGGAAGGAGGUUUUCACUCAAAAUCUCACGAUACAUGGCCCCAUUAAUUAUUUCCUUUACACGGAUCAGUCGUCCUGGUCCCUUUGCAGAAAAACAGCCCCAAAGCAUGAUGUUUCCACCCCCAUGCUUCACAGUAGGUAUGGUGUUCUUUGGAUGCAACUCAGCAUUCUUUGUCCUCCAAACACAACAAGUUGAGUUUUUACCAAAAAGUUCUAUUUUGGUUUCAUCUGACCAUAUGACAUUCUCCCAAUCCUCUUCUGGAUCAUCCAAAUGCACUCUAGCAAACUUCAGACCGGCCUGGACAUGUACUGGCUUAAGCAGGGGGACACGUCUGGCACUGCAGGAUUUGAGUCCCUGGCGGCGUAGUGUGUUACUGAUGGUAGGCUUUGUUACUUUGGUCCCAGCUCUCUGCAGGUCAUUCACUAGGUCCCCCCGUGUGGUUCUGGGAUUUUUGCUCACCGUUCUUGUGAUCAUUUUGACCCCACGGGGUGAGAUCUUGCAUGGAGCCCCAGAUCGAGGGAGAUUAUCAGUGGUCUUGUAUGUCUUCCAUUUCCUAAUAAUUGCUCCCACAGUUGAUUUCUUCAAACCAAGCUGCUUACCUAUUGCAGAUUCAGUCUUCCCAGCCUGGUGCAGGUCUACAAUUUUGUUUCUGGUGUCCUUUGACAGCUCUUUGGUCUUGGCCAUAGUGGAGUUUGGAGUGUGACUGUUUGAGGUUGUGGACAGGUGUCUUUUAUAGGUGUCAGUUCAAACAGGUGCCAUUAAUACAGGUAACGAGUGGAGGACAGAGGAGCCUCUUAAAGAAGAAAUUACAGGUCUGUGAGAGCCAGAAAUCUUGCUUGUUUGUAGUUGACCAAAUACUUAUUUUCCACCAUAAUUUGCAAAUAAAUUCAUAAAAAAUCCUACAAUGUGAUUUUCUGGAUUUUUUUUCUCAAUUUGUCUGUCAUAGUUGACGUGUACCUAUGAUGAAAAUUACAGGCCUCUCUCAUCUUUUUAAGUGGGAGAACAUGCACAAUUGGUGGCUGACUAAAUACUUUUUCCCCCACUGUAUAACCAUACCCUGUUCAAAGGCACUUAAUUGUUUGUCUUACCCAUUCACCCUUUGACUGGCACACAGAGUCCAUGUCUCAAUUGUGUCAAGGCUUAACAAUCCUUCUUUAACCUGUCUCCUCCCCUUCAUCUACAUUGAUUGAAGUGGAUUUAACAAGUGAGAUCAAUAAGGGAUGAUAGCUUUUAGCUGGAUUCACCUGGUCUGUCUAUGUCAUGGAAAGAGCAGGUGUUCUUAAUGUUUUGUAUAAUCAGUGUAUAUCCGUGCUAGCCAGUUUGUGCUAGCGCCAGAGAAGCUGAAAAUCAAGAGACUCAACCAGGACCCCAAAAGCGAUGUGAUUAUUUAUUGUAACUCAGGUUCGCGUGAGAUAGAUUCAGAAAAGUAAAUGGGAGAAUAAUCUUUCACAGAUAGAUGCACGUGUGGGAUGAGACGACUAACGGGGAACUUUGUUCCGGUAAGCAGAGUUUUUGUCAUUGAUCAUUUGGACAAAUCAUUAUUUCGCAGGUGUUGUCAUCUUUCGAAUUUCGGAAGGGGAGGGUACAUUUGGCCAUAUACUUGCCAGUCACUUGCAAAAAAGGGGGGUGGAGCUACCAUCCUGCUUCCGCUCCUCGUUCUAGUAUCUUGUGGAACACGUCUGCCCCCAGAAUUUAAUCAAGCAUUGGACAGAACUAUGCAAGGUUUCCGGAAUUUCUUAAAUUAAUGGGAGAGGGAUAUUUACCAUCAAGCAAAUGCAACAAAUAUAUAUUCAGCAAAACAUGAACCUCUACUGCAUGUUUAUCAACCUCACCAAUACUUUUGACACUGUAAACAGGGAGGGGUUAUGGAAGACCUUCUGUGGUGGUGAUGUACAGUGGGGAGAACAAGUAUUUGAUACACUGCCGAUAUUGCAGGUUUUCCUACUUACAAAGCAUGUAGAGGUCUGUAAUAUUUAUCAUAGGUACACUUCAACUGUGAGAGAUGGAAUCUAAAACAAAAAUCCAGAAAAUCACAAUGUAUGAUUUUUAAAUAAUUAAUAUGCAUUUUAUUGCAUGACAUAAGUAUUUGAUCACCUACCAACCAGUAAGAAUUCCGGCUCUCACAGACCUGUUCGUUUUUCUUUAAGAAGCCCUCCUGUUCUCCACUCAUUACCUGUAUUAACUGCACCUGUUUGAACUCGUUACCUGUUUAAAAGACACCUGUCCACACACUCAAACAGACAGACUCCAACCUCACCACAAUGGCCAAUACCAGAGAGCUGUGUAAGGACAUCAGGGAUAAAAUUGUAGACCUGCACAAGGCUGGAAUGGGCUACAGGACAAUAGGCAAGCAGCUUGGUGAGAAGGCAACAACUGUUGGCGCAAUUGUUAGAAAAUGGAAGAAGUUCAAGAUGACGGUCAAUCACCCUCGGUCUGGGGCUCCAUGCAAGAUCUCACCUCGUGGGGCAUCAAUGAUCAUGAGGAAGGUGAGGGAUCAGCCCAGAACUACACGGCAGGACCUGGUCAAUUACCUGAAGACAGCUGGGACCACAGUCUCAAAGAAAACCAUUAGUAACACACUACGCCGUCAUGGAUUAAAAUCCUGCAGCGCACGCAAGGUCCCACUGCUCAAGCCAGCGCAUGUCCAGGCCCGUCUGAAGUUUGCCAAUGACCAUCUGGAUGAUCCAGAGGAGGAAUGGGAGAAGGUCAUGUGGUCUGAUGAGACAAAAUAGAUGCUUCUUACGGUGCCACUCCUUAGUUGCCCUGGCUGUGUGUUUCGGGUCGUUGUCAUGCUGGAAGACCCAGCCACGACCCAUCUUCAAUGCUCUUACUGAGGGAAGGAGGUUGUUGGCCAAGAUCUCGCGAUACAUGGCCCCAUCCAUCCUCCCCUCAAUACGGUGCAGUCGUCCUGUCCCCUUUGCAGAAAAGCAUCCCCAAAGAAUGAUGUUUCCACCUCCAUGCUUCACGGUUGGGAUGGUGUUCUUGGGGUUGUACUCAUCCUUCUUCUUCCUCCAAACAAGGCGAGUGGAGUUUAGACCAAAAAGCUCUAUUUUUGUCUCAUCAGACCACAUGACCUUCUCCCAUUCCUCCUCUGGAUCAUCCAGAUGGUCAUUGGCAAACUUCAGACGGGCCUGGACAUGCGCUGGCUUGAGCAGGGGGACCUUGCGUGCGCUGCAGGAUUUUAAUCCAUGACGGCGUAGUGUGUUACUAAUGGUUUUCUUUGAGACUGUGGUCCCAGCUGUCUUCAGGUAAUUGACCAGGUCCUGCCGUGUAGUUCUGGGCUGAUCCCUCACCUUCCUCAUGAUCAUUGAUGCCCCACGAGGUGAGAUCUUGCAUGGAGCCCCAGACCGAGGGUGAUUGACCGUCAUCUUGAACUUCUUCCAUUUUCUAAUAAUUGCGCCAACAGUUGUUGCCUUCUCACAAAGCUGCUUGCCUAUUGUCCUGUAGCCCAUCCCAGCCUUGUGCAGGUCUACAAUUUUAUCCCUGAUGUCCUUACACAGCUCUCUGGUCUUGGCCAUUGUGGAGAGGUUGGAGUCUGUUUGAUUGAGUGUGUGGACAGGUGUCUUUUAUACAGGUAACGAGUUCAAACAGGUGCAGUUAAUACAGGUAAUGAGUGGAGAACAGGAGGGCUUCUUAAAGAAAAACGAACAGGUCUGUGAGAGCCGGAAUUCUUACUGGUUGGUAGGUGAUCAAAUACUUAUGUCAUGCAAUAAAAUGCAAAUUAAUUACUUAAAAAUCAUACAAUGUGAUUUUCUGGAUUUUUGUUUUAGAUUCCGUCUCUCACAGUUGAAGUGUACCUAUGAUAAAAAUUACAGACCUCUACAUGCUUUGUAAGUAGGAAAACCUGCAAAAUCGGCAGUGUAUCAAAUACUUGUUCUCCCCACUGUACAUGAAGUUAUGAUGUACCAAGUCUCUCGAUUUUCAAAAUUCUCCAGCAAUAGCACGCAUUGGUUCGCACAAAUACAGUUGAAGUCGGAAGUUUACAUAAACUUAGGUUGGAGUCAUUAAAACUAGUUUUUCAACCACUCCACAAAUUUCUUGUUAACAAACUAUAGUUUUGGCAAGUUGGUUAGGACAUCUACUUUGUCCAUGACACAAGUAAUUUUUCCAACAAUUGUUUACAGACAGAUUAUUUCACCUAUAAUUCACUGUAUCACAACUCCAGUGGGUCAGAAGUUUACAUACACGAAGUUGACUGUGCCUUUAAACAGCUUGGAAAAUUCCAGAAAAUGAUGUCAUGGCUUUAGAAGCUUCUGACAGGCUAAUUGACAUAAUUUGAAUCAAUUGGAGGUGUACCUGUGGAUGUAUUUCAAGGCCUACCUUCGAACUCGGUGCCUCCACAAGUCUGGUUCAUCCUUGGGAGCAAUUUCCAAAUGCCUGAAGGUACCACGUUCAUCUGUACAAAAAAUAGUACACAAGUAUAAACACCAUGGGACCACGCAGCCGUCAUACCGCUCAGGAAGGAGACGCGUUCUGUCUCCUAGAGAUUAACGUACUUUGGUGCGAAAAGUGCAAAUCAAUCCCAGAACAACAGCAAAGGACCUUGUGAAGAUGCUGAAGGAAACACGUACAAAAGUAUCCAUAUCCACAGUAAAACGAGUCCUAUAUCGACAUAACCUGAAAGGCCACUCAGCAAGGAAGAAGCCACAGCUCCAAAACCGCCAUAAAAAAUCCAGACUACGGUUUGCAACUGCACUAAGAGACAAAGAUCAUACUUUUUGGAGAAAUGUCCUCUGGUCUGAUGACACAAAAAUAGAACUGUUUGGCCAUAAUGACCAUCGUUAUUUUUGGAGGAAAAGGGGGGACUUGCAAGCUGAAGAACACCAUCCCAACCGUGAAGCACAGGGGUGGCAGCAUCAUGCUGUGGGGGUGCUUUGCUGCAGGAGGGACUGGUGCACUUCACAAAAUAGAUGGCAUCAUGAGGAAGGAAAAUUAUGUGGAUAUAUUGAAGCAAGACAGCAAGACAUCAGUCAGGAAGUUAAAGGUUGGUCGCAAAUGGGUCUUCCAAAUGGACAAUGACCCCAAGCAUACUUCCAAAGUUGUGGCAAAAUUGAUUAAAGACAACAAAGUCAAGGUAUUGGUGUGGCUAUCACAAAGCCCUGACCUCAAUCCUAUAGAACAUUUGUGGGCAGAACUGAAAAAGUGUGUGCGAGCAAGGAGGCCUACAAACCUGACUCAGUUACACCAGCUCUGUCUUGAGGAAUGGGCCAAAAUUCACCCAAUUUAUUGUGGGAAGCUUGUGAAAGGCUACCCAAAACGUUUGACCCAAGUUAAACAAUUGAAAGGCAAUGCUACCAAAUACUAAUUGAGUGUAUAUAAACUUCUGACCCACUGGGAAUGUGAUAAAAUAAAUAAAAUAUGAAAUAAAUAAUUUUCUCUACUAUUAUUCUGACAUUUCACAUUCUUAAAAUAAAGUGGUGAUCCUAACUGACCUAAGACAGGGAUUAAAUGUCAGGAAUUGUGAAAAACUGAGUUUAAAUGUAUUUGGCUAAGGUGUAUGUAAACUUCCGACUUCAACUUUAUACCGUAGGCUCGCACGAUACUGGAAAAGCAGCUAUUGAAGAGAUACUCAUGCAUGACAGAUUUCCAAUGAUGUGCUGUUGAAAAUGUCUAACAUAUUUUCUUUAUUUUUUCCCAGAAAGGGAAAAAAGGCUGUGGAUAUCAAGUAGUGAAGGCUUUAUGCAAGAAUGGUGGCAUUUAUAAACCAAAAGGGAAAAGGGAAAGGAGAAGGGAAAUAAACCUUAAUGAGAGUUUAGCCUCAUGUAUGAGAAGUCUCAUUGAUGAAGAGUUUAAGAGAUAUUUCCCGUAAGUAAUAUAAUCAUUAUCUAAAUAUAUAUGUGCAUUUGGAAAGUAUUGACUUUUUCCAGUCAAGUUUUUUUCCCCUUAUCAAUCUACACACAAUACACCAUAAUGACAAAGUGAAAACAGGUUUUUAGAAAUAAAUAAAUACAUGUAAAACAUCAAUACCUUAUUAACCUAACUAUUCAGACCCUUUGCUAUUAGACUCGAAAUUGAGCACAGAUGCAUCCUGUUUCCAUUGAUCAUUCUUGAGAUGUUUCUACAACUUGAUUGGAGUCCACCUGUGGAAAACUAAAUUGAUUGGACAUGAUUUGGAAAUAAUAAUAAUAAUAAUAUGCCAUUUAGCAGACACUUUUAUCCAAAGCGACUUACAGUCAUGCGUGCAUACAUUAUUUUUUUGUGUAUGGGUGGUCCCGGGGAUCGAACCCACUACCUUGGCGUUACAAGCGCCGUGCUCUACCAGCUGAGCUACAGAGGACCACAAGACACACACCUGUCUAUAUAAGGUCCCACAGUUGACAGUGCACAUCAGAGCAAAAACACAGCCAUGAGGUUGAAGGAAUUGUCCAUAGAUCUCUGAGAUAGGAAUGUGUGGUCUGAUGAAACCAAGAUUGAACUCUUUGGCCUGAAUGCCAAGCGUCACGUCUGGAGGAAACCUACGGUGAAGCAUGGUGGUCGAAAAAUCAUGCUUUGGGGAUGUUUUUCAGCGGUAGGGACCGGGAGACUAGUCAGGAUCGAGGGAAAGAUGAACGGAGCAAAGUACAGAGAGAUCCUUGAUGAAAACCUGCUCCAGAGCACUCAGGACCUCAGACUGGGGUGAAGGUUCACCUUCCAACAUGUCAACGACCCUAAGCACAUCGGCAAGACAACACAGUCGUGGCUUCAGGACAAGUCUCUGAAUGCCCUUGAGUGGCCCAGCCAGAGCUCGGACUUGAACCCGAUCGAACAUCUCUGGAGAGACCUGAAAAUAGCUGUGCAGCGACUCUCCCCAUUCAACCAGACAUUGCUUGAGAGGAUCUGCAGAGAAACACUAUGCACCUGAGCUCAAUUUUGAGUCUCAUAGCAAAGGUUCUGAAUACUUAUAUAAAUAUGGUAUUUGUUUUUUAUUUUUAAUACAUAAAUACAUUGCAAACAUUUCUAAAAACCUGUUUUCGCUUUGUCAUUAUGGGAUAAUGUGUAUAAAAAAUGAUUUUAGAAUAAAAUGUGGAAAAAGUCAAGGGGGCUGAAUACUUUCCAAAUGCACCGUAUACCAUUUUCUAGCUCUGAAUCUCUACUUGUAUCCAAUGUAAAAAAACACAAUUUCAAAUUUUGCUACAUAAGACCGAAUCGAGGCGGUGAGUCACAAAUCGUGGAAAUGUUUUUAUAUAUUUCUGGUGUUCAUUUAAGGUCAUUUAAUGUCUAAAAACGUGUUUGCUCGUUAUCAUUAUGAGGUAUUCUGUGUAGAUUGAAGAUGAAUUGUUUUUAUUUAAUCAAUUUUAGAAUAAGGCUGUAACGUAACAAAAUGUGGAAAAAGUCAAGGGGUCUGAAUACUUUCCGAAUGCACUGUAUAUAAUACACAUGGAAUGAUAAGGGCCUUGACUCAAAUCUAGUAACCAUCCUUCUGAUUUGCAGAAACGAGGGCGAACGUGGGCCAAUCAAGGAGCAGAUUGAUACAUUCACCCUUGACACAAACAGCUUGGUUGGGGAGCACCCGGAAGUGUCACUGCAUCUGACAUUCCUCAAGACGGAGGUAAGGUUUAAAAAGAAAUCAGUCUUGAGGCCGAUACGUAAAGCUUAAAGAACAAUGAUACUAGCAAGAGCAUUGUGCGGGUUUCUCUUUCAUGUUAUUCAAUUGUUACCAUGCACCUGCAACAAAGCUACAGUGCCUUGCAUAGGUAUUCAUCCCCCUUGGAUUUUGUUGCAUUACAACCUGUAAUUUCAAUUUAUUUUUAUUUGGAUUUCAUGUAAUGGACAUACAUAUAAUAGUCUAAAUUGGUGAGUGAAAUGAAAAAAAUAACUUGUUUCAAAAAAUUAUAAAAAAUAAAUAACAGAAAAGUGGUGCGUGCAUAUGUAUUCACCCCCUUUGCUAUGAAGCCCUUAAAUACGAUCUGGUGAAACCAAUUACCUUCAGAAGUCACAUAAUUAGUUAAAUAAAGUCCACCUGUGUGCAUUCUCAGUGUAUAUAUAUACACCUGUUCUGAAAUGCCCCAGAGUCUGCAACAACACUAAGCCAGGGGCACCACCAAGCAAGCGGCACCAUGAAGACCAAGGAGCUCUCCAAACAGGUCAGGGACAAAGUUGUGGAGAAGUACAGAUCAGGGUUGGGUUAUAAAAAAUAUCAGACACUUUGACCAUCCCACAGAGCACCAUUAAAUCCAUUAUUAAAAAAUAGAAAGAAUAUGGCACCACAACAAACCUGCCAAGAGAGGGCCGCCCACCAAAACUCACGGACCAGGCAAGGAGGGCAUUAAUCAGAGAGGCAACAAAGAGACCAAAGAUAACCCUGAAGGGCUGCAAAGCUCCACAGCGGAGAUUGGAGUAUCUGUCCAUAGGACCACUUUAAGCCGCACACUCCACAGAGCUGGGCUUUACAGAGGAGUGGCAAGGAAAAAGCCAUUGCUUAAAGAACAAAAUAAGCAAACACGUUUGGUGUUCGCCAAAAGGUAUGUGGGAGACUCCCCAAACAUAUGGAAGAAGGUACUCUGAUCAGAUGAGACUAAAAUUGGGCAAACCCAACACCUCUCAUCACCCCGAGAACAUAAUCCCCACAGUGAUCCCCACAGUGAAGCAUGGUGGUGGCAGCAUCAUGCUGUUGGGAUGUUUUUCAUCGGCAGUGACUGGGAAACUGGUCAGAAUUGAAAGUGUUAUGGAUGGAGCUAAAUACAGGGAAAUUCUUGAGGGAAACCUGUUUCAGUCUUCCAGAGAUUUGAGACUGGGACGGAUGUUCACCUUCCAGCAGGACAAUGACCCUAAGCAUACUGCUAAAUCAACACUUGAGUGGUUUAAGGGGAAACAUUUAAAUGUCUUGGAAUGGCCUAAUCAAAGCCCAGACCUCAAUCCAAUUGAGAAUCUGUGGUAUGACUUAAAGAUUGCUGUACACCAGCGGAACUCAUCCAACUUGAAGGAGCUGGAGCAGUUUUGCCUUGAAGAAUGGGCAAAAAUCCCAGUGGCUAGAUGUGCCAAGCUUAUAGAGACCCCAAGAGACUUGCAGCUGUAAUUGCUGCAAAAGGUGGCUCUACAAAUUAUUGACUUUGGGAAUCUUUGAAGAUUUUGCAUCUUCAAAGUGGUAGGCAUGUUGUGUAAAUCAAAUGAUACAAACCCCCCCAAAAUCCAUUUUAAUUCCAGGUUGUUAGGCAACAAAAUAGGAAAAAUGCCAAGGGAGGUUGAAUACUUUCGCAAGCCACUGUAGAAGAUAGCUCAGAUGUGCGAGUGCCUUUUUGAAACUAAAUCAGGAAAUGCAACAUUGAAAUAUUAAGGAAACCACUUAAAUUAGUUUCUAUCUGAAAGGAAACUGAGUUGAAGGCAAAACUAAUCUGUGACCUCCGCGAGAAAAAGAAAAGAAUCUACUCCACUCUAACCGAGUCAAUCAAGGACACCAUGCAUCGAUGCUAUAUA